AUGCUCCUUAUGCAACUGGACAGCCGUGAAACGAAGCCGUUGCCGCCAAUAGGCAGUCAGUUCGUGCUACCGCAAAGGCAGCUGAUCGCGAAAGCAGAGGUGAGAAUCACCCUGCGAGGUCGCUCAGAGUCGCCGCCAAUAAGACGGGCGAACUACUGCGGAAAUAGCGCCGUCGUGCACUAUGAGGGCAGUAACGGGACUGCCGCUAUUACGCUACGUAGACAUUCAGUGGCAACAGCAAGUCAAUAUGCACCAAUCAGUGAGGACCAAUUGGAAGACGCGCGGCAGACGAUUGGUUUGCAAGCUCCUGACUCAGCCGUACUAGUUACGUGCGCACGCGACCUUGAAAUGGCGGCUACAAAACAGUUGCCACCGCUGCAUCCACGGUCGCUCCUACUUCGCACAGCGGCUGGGAUCUUUAAUGUAGGCCAAAACCAAGCCCAGGAAAGCAGGCAUUCCUCUGGCAACUUUUCUUCCACCCUCCUCAUCAACACACCUAGGCAUGCGUGUGUAACCCGGUCAAAGAGUUUCAAGACACUUCGUCGCUGCGAGUCACCAGACUCUUACAGGUCAAGUUCUCCCAGCCCAAGGCCACUUCUUGCAAGACACGCAAGUUUUGAGACAGCCCUACCCGGUUACUCAGAGGAGAGCGAUAUCUACUUUCACGUUCCUGUAUCCAAGCCCUCAGAAGACCCACUACCGCGUCUCCGUAGCGUAGCUUCGAUCGAUAACUUCGCGAUUAGUAACCCGAACGCCAAACUCCCACCCGCACACCCUGCAGCCGCCCCGCGGAAUGGCGCCAUUGGUAUGCUAGCCAGCAAUAAGGGCUCCAAUUCUCCAGCCAAGCAUCCAUCCUUCACGCAAUCCGCGAAACUACACGAUUCCACGUCCUCACCAUCGCUAGAACGCUCAGCCGUUAACAUAGUCAUGCCUGGCGGUGGACCAGAGUCUACAUCCCCGUCCAACCAAGGUCCACACUUCCUUCCUAGGGAGGCCAUUCCAACCAAGAGGCUGGCGACGCGACCAGUGAUUGGGCGGCACUACUCACGCAUCCAGCUGCCUUGCACAAAGGCCAGCUCGCGUUCCAACACUCGAGUGAUGACGGAUAGUCUGAAGCUCUAUGAGGAACAGAUUUUUUCAUACCAGAUCUCCAGCGGGCAACGGCCACUCUCGUGGUGCAUCGAUUUGGGAACUCUGGCAAAGAGCAUGGCCCAGACACCCGAUGACAACUCCUCGGGGUCUCCCUCGGUCACGAACUCCUCUUCCACCAUGUCCUCGGCCUGCUCUUCGUCCUCGUCUUCCAACGCCUCCCAUGCUGUCGGACCCCCCAGAAUCGGACACUUUAACCGCCCGGCCUGUCUUCGACCUGGUGCCAUCGUGAGCCAAUCUGGACUUUCUUCCAAUUCUAAGAGUCGGAAUCUCUCGCCCAUAAUCCACGCGGUUCGACCGGGCUCCCCACAGUGUCCCCCCCUGCGUCUACAAAGUCCCUCAGUGCCCCCAGGAGCCGUUAAUCGUGUUCCAUCGCGCGGCUGUCCAGCAGACAUUCGCCAAAGUGCCAACGUCUUCUUUGCCACCACCUCCGCCACACCGGAAGCCUCCACGCCGAAUGCGGAGGAGCAGAAUAAAAGCCUUCGAGUAACCGCCUCCGCUGCCACCGGCACUAACACAAGUAGUGGUACUUCCACCUCAUUUACCUCCUCCCUCUCUACUGUUCGACCCGGGCAAUGCAACACGCCUACGUCCCAGCCCUCGACACCACCACUAUCAUCACUACCUCCCCCCUUAGCUGGUGAUGAUAGCUCCACGACUCUGGAAACAGUGAGACCUGACGGCAGCUUUCCUACACCCAGUCUUAGUAUGCUUCCGCCGCCGGCACCGUGGAACAAUAGUAACAGUUUCAGCAGUGCCAGCAUCAAUAAAAACGAGGGCACUGGGAGCGUUGUUCGCCAGCUUUUCGUAUGCCCCUACUGCCGAGCGCUGCCGACGCUGUGUCGGUGCUCAGCCUCGCUGAACAGUGUGAAUGACGCGGAGGGAGGGGAGGGUAGUCUGUCCUUUGAGGGCGACAGUGAGGAUGAGGAGGAGAGCACCUACGCCUUCAGCACUCUCGACUCCGACUUUAUCGCUUGGAUGCGACUGAGUGUGAAGAACGUUACCUCUUCACACCCCUGCUAUGCCUUCCGACGGGCAGAAUCACUGGCAGCCCUUACACAACAGGAAGUCGUCAACAUUGCCAAUAUCUUCAACACAAACCCGCUUGGGCUACGAAUGAAUCUGGUGGAAGGCACAAGCAAAUUAGUGGGCACAAUCCGAGUGUACAUAAACCUCAUUAAGCCAGUGAAGAUGUCUUUGCGCCAAACAAUCCGUCACAUGCCGCGACAGGCUGCUGACGUCGCGGUUCCCGAUCGUCUCAUCUCUUUCUUCCUUCCUCGCGGUGGCUCGCGUCUCCUCCAGCUCUCCAGCUCGACUUCUGCACAGGAGGUAAUUCAAUGUCUCCUUGACCGGUUUCAUAUUCAAGAAUCGUCUAGCAAAUUCGCUCUCUACGAACACACCUUGGAGACCCAAACAAUUUUAUCGCGAAAGCUACCGCCUUCUGAGCGUCCUCUCUCCAUGUUGAUGCAUUGGGUUCGAUCCACCCUCUCAGCAGGUGAAGACUUCGCUGUAGUCGUCCGGCGCAAGCGCAUUGUCCUGCAAGAGAACGAAAACUGGGAGGUUAAUUGGUCUGACUUUACCCCGGCGGAGCUGAUGAACUUCCUACGCAUUUUGGAGAAGGAGGAGGCGGAGUACCGGAACGCUAUCUACUUCCAGUACGGAUUGGUGCGGCAGCAGAUCGAACAGCGGAUGGCGCAGCUUAGUGCGCAGGACCGCCUUCUGGCCGCACGACACUCGGUGGCCACCUGCCCUCCACCCGAGCAUCUCCUUUGUCUCCCGCCCCCUGAUCAGCAGCCCCCCACUCCCACCGUCCCCAUUAUGUCGCAGUCCCACCAUGCGAGCCUAUGA